AUGGCAGACGGGGUCAGCACGUUUGAGCAGUUCGUCAGAUUUGGGACUGAUGCUUACGGCCUCGAACGCCUCCUCCGCGGCCUCCAGUCCCUCACAGCCAUCAUCCUCUUCUUCCCCGGCCUCCGCCACCUCCUGCUCUUCGUCUCCCUCAGCCCGGCAACCCUGGCCCACCUCCGGAAACGCCUCUCGGCCCUCCGCCAACCCUUCCGACUCUUCCGCUUCCUCGACUCCUUUUCCUGCGCCUGGUCCAUCUUUUCCUCUCCUCUUCCUAGUAAUACGCGGCCAGAGGUUCUCGGAUUGGUGGAAAGAUGGAUGGACUUUGGCAGCAAGGCCUUCACGAGCAUCUAUCUCCUCCUAGAGAGCUUGACUUUUGUUGAUGUUGCGGUGGAUAUACCUGGGUUAGGGCUGUUGGGCUCGCAGGAGCAGGUCAGGGCAGUGGUGCUGGAUGGGCAGAGGUUUUGGUUUUUGGGGCUGGUUUGUGGGAUCCUGUGUGCUCUUGCAAAGCUGGGCAAGGGCGAAGGGAGGGCCGGUGAGAAACGCAACGGGGACAGGCGAAGAAGGCAGAAGGUCUGGAGGAGGUUAGCAGCAGAUGUGAUGGACCUGGCUGUUCCCGGGUCGGUGGUCGGCUGGGUGCCAUUAUCCCCAGGGAAGGUGGGAUUGUUGAUGCUUGGAAGUACGAUAUUAACAGGCAUGGAGGUCUGGGAGAGGUGUGGGAGAGAGGUGGCUGCCACGAAGGCUGGAAGGUUAAGACUUUCAAGAACGGCGAGCGAAGAACCAGGAUCCACAUGUGUGGAAUCUGUGGAUAGGCUUCAACUUCUGGAUCAGUUGGGAGAUAUCAUAAGGCAGGGUUGA